GCGAGCGCGGGAUCCAAGAUGGCGGCGGCGGCGACAACAACGACAGAAGCGGCCGAAGCGACCCCGGGACCUCGUUCAACACCUUCAAGAUGUCGUCGAAGAGCCGGUCGCGCCCGCCGUGACGUGUUCAGGCCCCGCCGGCGGGAGGGAGGCGGGGGAGCGGCCCGAGCCGAGCCGGAGGCGGCGGCGGCGGCGGCGGGAGCGGUCGGGGCCCCGCGCGGGGAUUUAAAGGGACCAUGGCCUCGGCGAGGAGGAGCAGCGGGAGGCCGCAGCCGCAGCCGCAGUCGGGCGGGAGGAGGCGCUGAGGAGGAGCCCGGGGGGAGCGGAGCAGCCCGGGGGUUUUUCCGGCGGUCUUUGGCCGCUCAUCCUCCCCAGUGCCGGCGCGGUGGCUUUUUCCGAGUGACCCAACCCCAUCACCGAGGGAUGGAGAAACAUCUCGCCAGCUUCUCGGAGCACCAAGGAGAUGGAGGAUCCAGAUCCUUGUUGAUGCCACCGGAAGCGACCCAAGAGACUUUUCCUGCCCUCGAGUGUCCUCAAGGUGAGGAACGAAGAGCGGCGUUCCUUCAGGAUGGGAAGAAGGCUCUGGAGAACUCGGCUUUAUCCACCACGACGAUGGAGACGGAGCUGGAAGAAGACGCUUUCUACACCGCGGAUGAUCUCACGAUGAGGAGCAGGGACGGGAAGGGACCUUCUGGCCCCAAACUGCGCCCGUUGCAAGAAGAUCCCGACUUCUUCUCCUCGCUGUCUCGUCAGGAGCCCGACGUCGCUUUGGAAGCUCACGACGUGGCCGAUGAACCCGGUCCCGCCCUCUCCGGUGCCGUCUCGGCCUCAGCUCCCCGGACCGACCUCGGCUCCACGAACGACGAACGUUUGGACUUCCAGAAGGGUUUGUACCGGGCGGAGGUGAGAAGCUCCGUAGACCUUCGCAGCGUGGCCACCGCCGCCGAGUGGACCCCUUCCGCGGGCAGCGACGAAAGCACUUUAGAGAGGUUCUCCACCUUGAGGGACUCCAAGGACGCGCGAGGAGUGAAGGAGUCGACGUUCCUGGUGGAGCCCCACGGUGGAAACGCCAUCCGGGUGGAACCGGAGAGCGACGCCGAGGAGAUGGAUGGGGGCGAGGGGGGCGCCGGGACAUCGCUCGGGGCCGGAGAAGAGCCGUAUCUUCCAAAGGAACCAAAGCAACUCGAAGGUCUCCACCGAGAGCACUUAGAGAAGAGCAAGAGGGGCCUCCAGAGGUUCGAGUGGGUUCCUCGACCCACCAGGAGCCCAAGUCCUCCUUACAAGGACGUGACGAAGCCAACGGAUGUAGCAACCGCUUCGCCCUUCCGAGGCCACGUCGGGCGUGAAGUGCCUCCUCCGUUGACUCCGACCGUGUUCCGGAAGACCUUAAACCCUGUCCUCCCCAAGGCCAAAGGCCUGGAGAGCUCCUCGAGCCUCAGGAAGGGGCUGAUGGUGGAGGCGGACUUGGGCGAGAUCGACGCCCUCGCCGCGGCCGAGUGGACCAUCCAAAAGCCGAGUCUUCAGCUGAGCGGAGACCUCGCCGUGGGCAAACAGUCGUGGACGGUGAACGCAGAAGACUCGGUGGAGAGGAUCCCGCUGAUGGCCUUGGAGGCGGCUCCGUGCAGCUCGUACGACGUGGAGGUGAGGCCCUACGUCUGCGGGGUGGUGGUGGAGGAGCAGAGCAAGGAGGAGGUGGGCCCCGACGACGACCCCUCCGUCUACACCUGCAUCGAGUGCAGCAUCUACUUCAAGAAGAAGGACCAUCUGAUGGAUCACAUGCUCCAACACAACCGAGGAGCCGGCGGGGACCAAGACGGAGACGCUUUGGGAGGUCAAUGCCAGUUCUGCUGCAACGAAUGCGGUUGGGCCUUUGGAGACCCCACGGCUUUGGAGCAGCACAAGAGGCUCCACCAAGAAUCCCGGGAGAAGAUCAUCGAGGAGAUCCAGAAGUUGAAUGAGUUUCCAGACGAAGGUCGAGACGCUCGUUUGCAGUGCCCCAAAUGCGUCUUCGGCACCAACUCCUCCAAGAUCUUCGUCCAACACGCCAAGAUGCACGUCAAGGAGAGGAAGGACCAAGGGGCCAAGAACCUCAAUCUCUUUGGAAGCGGCACCGGCGGAGAACUACGAGACGAUGCCACCACGCACGGCAUCUACAAACCCUUCCAAACCAACGAGCCCCCACCCGGCACCGCCAAAGCUCUCCUCACCUGCGUCCUCUGCGGCUUCCCGGCUCCCAACAACGACAUCCUCAAGGAGCACAUGAGAUACGCUCAUUCCCACCUCAACUGGGACGCGGAAGGGUACGAAGAUGAUCCCAACCAACCAGGAACCAGCCGAGAUGCCUACAGCCCCGCCAGGUCCGGGCGCUUCGCCGAGGUGGAGUAUUUCGGCAAAGCCGAACGGUUUUUCCCUCCUCCUCACCGGGAAAGCGUCUCCCACUAUGAAACCAUCGCCGGCUUUGGUCCGACCUCUCCCAGGCUCCCCAGGAGCAACGGCGCCGGGAGGAAGGACCACCACGGCUCAGGGUUUCCCGGUAGGAAAGCGGCUCCGUACGUCGCUCCUCCCAAGGCUUUGGGUUUUUCCUCCAGCAAAGCUUCUUCCCACGUGGCUCUUCAGCAGCUGAAGAAGAAAACGGGAGGACAACGCCUCGAAGGAGAAGGCGACGGCCUCGGAAACCAACCGGUGGGGUUGGAGGAACUGAGGCACAAGUGGGCGUUGGCCAACGACGUUGGGAAUGUGGAAGAGGAGAUCUCCAUCAGCACCGAAAUAGAUCUGAGCGAGAAGCGAAGCGGCAAAGCCGUCGCUGUCCCUCAAGCGGCUCUGGACCUCAAGAGGACCUUCCGAGACACCUUGAAAGCCACCGAUUCGUCCAUAGCGACGGAGGAGCAGCGGCAGCAGCUGCGGAUGAUGGUGCCCCUCGUCCUGCUGGAGGAGAUGAGCCUCCACCCGAAGGCCAAGAAGCGCCCUCGGAAGCUCUUCAAGAAGAAAACCGUGUUCCCUCCUCGGGAUUUCAUGCUGGAAGAACCUCUUCCCUUGGACGUUCUCCUCUUGGAUGCUCCUCUGGAGGGAACUCUGGACUUGGAUGACUUCUUGGACUCAGAUUCGCCCAUGUUGAAGAACGAAGAGAGGAAGUGUCCGUACUGCCCGGAUCGCUUCCACAACGGCAUCGGUUUAGCCAACCACGUGAGGGGUCACCUCAACAGGGUCGGGGUGAGCUACAACGUCCGUCAUUUCAUCUCGGCAGAAGAAGUCAAAGCUAUUGAGCAAAAGUUCUCCUUCCAAAAGAAGAAGAAAAAAGGUAGUAUGUACCCAAACCGCUUCGCUUUCUCUUUUCGGGCUCCAACCGGUGGGUUUUUCUCCUCCCACCACGAGUUGGUGGCCAACUUUGACCCCAGCACCUUCAGCCUCAUGCGCUGCGAGUUCUGCGGCGCCGGCUUCGACACGCGCGCCGGGCUCUCCAGCCACGCCCGCGCCCACCUGAGGGACUUUGGAAUCACCAACUGGGAACUCACCAUCUCGCCCAUCAACAUCCUCAAGGAGCUCUUGGCCAACUCUUCCGAGCAUCCGUUGGUGCAGGCGGCUCUGGCGAUGGAACCGUCGUCUCCGGGAAGAGAGAGAGAACCUCACGGCUUGGUGACGCCCAAAAGCGUCGUCUCCGGAGCCGAGGGCGGCGUUCCGCGCUCUCCGUUGUCUCCGUUCCCCACGGCGUGGGUGGAUGAGUCCUUGCAGGUCUACAGAGACGUUCUGGCUCCGGAAGAGGACGACCUGGUGGCCAUGGAAGUGGGAUCACCCCCUCUCCCAAAGAAAAGCGCUCCUCCUCCGGCGCAGCUGGAGCCGCCGCCCGCCCGCAUGGGGACCAAACUGUCGCCGGAGCCGCCGGGGAGCAAACCGGAGCCGCAGGACGCCAAAGCCCAGAACCUGACGACGUGCGAGGUGUGCGGCGCCUGCUUCGAGACCCGCAAAGGCCUUUCCAGCCACGCGCGUUCCCACCUCCGGCAACUCGGAGUGGCCGAAUCGGAGAGCAGCGGCGCUCCCAUCGAUUUGCUUUACGAACUGAUGAAACAGAAAGUCAAACCUGACGGGAGCUCCUUAACUCCUGUCCUCGGGAAGAAAUCCGGUUCUCCCAAAGACGCCACCGCUUCCCCUCGGCCCACGCUCUUGGCUCUCGGCAAAGCCGCCGACCGCCUUUCCGAUGGGCCAAUUAACAAAGCCAUCAAAUCCCCUCCCGGCUUCUCCAAGAGCCUCUCCCAACCGGGAUCCCCCAUCCUUAAGAAGGUGCCGCCCACCCUUUCAGGUUCUCCGUCUCCGAAAAACCCGGAGGAGAAGAGCUCCAAGCUGUCGCUGAGCCCGCUGCCGAGCUCGCCGAAGGCCCCGUGGCCGCCGGUGGAUGACGAAGGACCCCUCAAUUUAACCUCGGGGUCGGAACCGGUGCGUGAUAUCCGCUGCGAGUUCUGCGGGGAGUUCUUUGAGAACCGGAAAGGCUUAUCCAGCCACGCGCGUUCCCACCUCCGGCAGAUGGGAGUGACGGAGUGGUACGUCAACGGUUCACCCAUCGAUACCCUCCGCGAGAUCCUCAAACGGAGAACCCAACCGCGGAGCGGCACCUCCAAUCCCACCGGGCCUGGAAAAGCCAUGGCCAAGAGCCUCUUGGGAAGUAUGGGAUCCUUGGAGCCUCGUGGUCCCGGAGAGCUUCAUAUCCCGACGCUCAGCAAGAAGGUCCAGCAACCCGGCAGCCCCCUGGGGCAUUCUCCUACCUCGUCCCCACCUCCCACUGCCCGGAAGAUGUUUCCAGGCCUUUCUCCUCCCUCCUUGCAGAAGAAACUCAAACAGGAUCAUCUGCGGCUGGAAAUCAAGCGGGAGAUGAUGGCGGGAGGACUCCAUGGAGAACCGCACCCAUCCGAUUGCACGUGGCCACCUCGGGAGGAGAUGUCACCUUUGAACCUCUCUUCUCGAGCUGAUCCGGUGCGUGAUAUCCGCUGCGAGUUCUGCGGGGAGUUCUUUGAGAACCGGAAAGGCUUAUCCAGCCACGCGCGUUCCCACCUCCGGCAGAUGGGAGUGACGGAGUGGUCGGUGAACGGUUCACCCAUCGAUACCCUCCGCGAGAUCCUCAAGAAGAAAACCAAACCGUGCGUCAUCAAGAAAGAACCUCAUCUUUCCAGCAUCGAACCUCCUAAAUCCAUCGGCGAGGAAGGAACCGAUCCCAAAUCGCCAGGAAAAAUCCUGCAGGGCAUGGCGCUGACUCCGUUGGGCGGCCGGCCGGGAAAACCCAGCGCCGGCACCUCUGCCUUGAGCCGGGAGAUCUCCUUGUCGCCGCUCACCACCAAAGCCCAAGGUGGAUUCCUGGCUCCGUUGGCGACCAAACGGCCUCUUCCGGAGGAUCGCUUGGGUCCGCACGGUGAAAUCAAGCACAAAAGUUACAUCCAGACGGAAUUGGCCUUCAAAUCCAAGACCGUGCACGAGAAACCGGCUCAUACCUCCAGCGAAGCCUGCUGCGAGCUCUGCGGCCUCUACUUCGAGAACCGGAAGGCUCUGGCGAGCCACGCGCGGGCGCACCUCCGGCAGUUUGGCGUAACGGAAUGGUGCGUCAACGGUUCGCCCAUCGAGACCCUCAGCGAGUGGAUCCGUCAUCGGCCGCAGAAAGCCGGAGCGUAUCGGAGUUACAUCCAAGGGGGACGACCCUUCACCAAGAAGUUCCGUAACUCGGGCCACGCCGGCGGCGCUCGGCGGAUGCCGCUCAGCCUCCAGGCCGGCAGCGUGGCUUUCCUGAGCAAGGGAUUGCCGGGAGAGCUGGCUCACGGAGACGCCGGGAAGCUCCUGGAUGGGGGAAGCGGUGGGGAGCGCCCCAUGAUCACCUCUCCCCUCUCCUUAGUGAAGAUGGAGGAACAUCAACGCUCCAACAUCAACAAGUUCGAGCGGCGGCAGGCGAGGCCGCUGGAUCCUCCUCUCCACCGGGAAGAGGAAGGCGCCGAAUUCCAGCAGAAGCUGGAGGCCGCGCGGCAGCCGCCGCCUCGCGUCCGCCCGGUUCCAUCCCUGGUGCCGCGUCCGCCGCGAACCUCCUUGGUGAAGUUCGUGGGGAACAUCUACACCCUCAAAUGCCGGUUCUGCGAGGUGGAAUUCCAGGGUCCCCUCUCCAUCCAGGAGGAAUGGGUUUGGCAUCUCCAACGACACAUCCUGGAAAUGAAUUUUUCCAAAGCCGAUCCGUUACGGAGCGACGCCGCCCCCGCCGCCCCGGAGCCUCCGGCGCUCGCCGAGGCUCAGUAACCGCGACCCAGCGCCGACGCCGAUGGCGCUCAAAAAUCCUCACCUUCCCUUUUCCCCGGCCACAAUUCCUUAUUUUUAGGGGAAAAAAAAAGGGGGAAUCGAUGGCUCCGGAGCUUCUCCCCUUCCAAGGGAGGCGUUUGGAGGGGGCCGAUCCCGGCCGCAAGCACUACAUGGAUCAAAACAACCCUCGGAGUCACGGAUCCGGCGCCGGAUCGGGGAGGGAAUGGGCGUUUUCCCCCUUUCCUCGCUUCCCUAAAUCGGUUUUUUUUUUAUCCCAAAGAACGAUCGGAGCCGCCGCGCCGGGGCCGGAGCCGCACCCCAGGGGAAUUCGCUGCGGAGUUUCUAUAUUCCCCUUGGAAUUCUUCUCUGUUCCACUUGGGAUUUUCCUUAGGCGACGAUUUAGUCCCGCGUAGAUGUCGGAAUCCUUCGGUUCCGGGAUUGCAUGUUGCCCAAAAUCCCUUUUUCCGCCACCGAAACAAACGCCGCCGCUUCCCUCUUGGCUUUUUAGCACCGCGGCAAAGCAAAACCUCGCGCCGGAUUCGCCUCCCGCGCCUGCGAUUCCACCUGGAAAAGCAAAACCAGCGGUUGGAACCCACCGGAAAGCGGGAAAACCUUCCGGCUGGAGCCAGAAAACCGCGGAAUUCCGGGUCUUUCCAUCAGGAAUCGGCAAAACCGAGCGGGUUUGGUUCAACCCUUUCCCCCCGUUUCACUGUUGCUUCGUUGUUUCUUUGUUCUUCCCGGUUUUUCUCGUAUUCCCGACUUUUCUAAACUCUAGAUUUCUGUAGAAAAUAAGGAAUAUUCCUUUUUAUUUGGAAAUCCCCAAAACUUCCGGAUUUCGGAAGGAAUUUUAA